CCUGUUCCUGCUGUGGCCCUCCUGCUGGCCUGUCACAAGCAGAAGCGGCGAGAGGAACAGGAGCGUCGUGCCCGCAGAGGGGACACCGACCCUCGAUAUGAAUACAUCUUCCAGGUGCUGGCUGCCUGUACAGGCAUCGCUAGGCAUCAGGUUAUGGACUACGUCUUCGAGGAGAACCUGCUGGAGGAGAUCAGUAAGUUCCUUAUGCCUGGGCAGUACAACAACAUGAUCUGGUUCUAUCAAGAGUGUGACGAGAAUGUUGACGAUGGUACCAUACAUGAGGAGGACGACACUGACACCAAGCUACCAUCCUCACCACUACUGUCUCAGCCCUCAAGUGGUGCAUCUCGUCGUAGUUCCACCGUGAGUGGACCAACAGAAAUGCACCAGUCGCGACGUAACUCUACUGCAACUGAACACACCGAAGAUGGUGAGCCAGAACCAGAGAACAGUCGUCGGAUGCGUUUGUUUGUUGGCAGUCCAAGGACCACCCCGCUCACUGGUCUCUGUAUAUGCAUGACGCGAACCACACCGCAGCGCACAGUCACUGAAGAAAACGUACACAGGGAGGUGAACUUCAUGCUGGUGAAAGCAGGUGACGACCCGGCGGUGCUGCUGCGCUCAGUACAACGACUUUUGAGUCGAGUGUUUGUACCUGCCGUCAGAGUCAACCCUUCAGACGUGGACACCUGGCCAGGCAGCGUCAGCGCUAGAGACCACUUACUGGCAGGCCUCAGGUCCUUCGCUUCAUGCCUCCACGGUGAGCUCUCAACAAAACACUUCUGCCACCUUCCAUUACCACUUCUGCCACCUUCCAUUACCACUUCUGCCACCUUCCAUUACCACUGUCCUCCUACAGAGUCGGUGCUAAUAGAGAUGGAGCAGCUUAGACAGGAGAGUGACGAGGCUGGUCCUCAAGAUGAGCUGGAAUACUGGAAGAGACGGAUGGCUAAGUUCAAGUUCCUCUCUGAACAGAUGGAAUCGCCUCGGGUACGUGGAGCGGUGUUGGUGCUCCAGCUGGCGAGGUCGAAGGUACUCAAGACAUGGAAGGAGAUGGACGCGAGGGUGACCCACAACCUGGCCGAGGCCAAGGAUAAUGUCAAGUUUGUGUAUGCCAUCGAAGAGUACUGCCACCCGCUGUAUCUAAAUGAUCCUCCUGGAAUGAUUCCAUACAUCAUGAUGUUGUUCAACACAGUGCGGAUGAUUCACUCCAUCUCCAAGUACUACAACACUUCGGAUAAACUCUCAGCUCUGCUCAUCAAGAUUACCAACCAGAUGAUCCGGGCAUGUCAAGUGUACAUAUCAUGCCAGGGGCAAGAAUCCAUCUGGUCACAGCCACGUCAGGAGGUACGGAGUAAGAUACAACAUUGUCUCAAGCUGAACUCUACUUACAGAAACGCUUACCAAAAAACAAAAGAGAAGCUGGAGUCCAUGCCUGGAGAGAGACCAUUCAGCUUCAGUGAGCAGUAUGUCUUUGGCAAGUUCGAAGCUUUCUGCUGUCGGCUUAACAACAUAACUGGACUCUUCGACGACAUUGAUAAGUUCUCGGGAUUCUUCGAGGGACGUGCUGAGUCCUUGCUACCCAUGGAAACCGGCCUCCGCGAUAUCCUCAAGUCGUGGCAGGAGAUGUGCAGCGAGAUUUCUCUGAAGUCCUACGACUACCUUGACUAUCGUGACCGCCGCUUUGAGUCUGACCUGGAGGUGUUUGCUGCCAGUGUGAGGGAGCUGCUACGACGCAUCCACAUCAUGGUGGAGAAGGAGCAUGAAGAGAUUUGGGAGACACCUAUGGCCUACAAGAUGCUUGCUAGGUUUGAGAAGAUCGCUGAGGUGGUUCCACAGCUGGAUGUCGAGGGCAAAUAUAAGAGGAUCUUGGCACGAUUCCAUCAAGAGCUGGAGAAGGUUACCCGCAUUUAUUCCCGCCAGUGCGAGAACCCACCUCAACUGCGAGGUUUGCCUCCUGUCGCUGGAAAGAUCCAAUGGGCGCGGAGCUUGUUCCUGCACCUCGAAGAGCCCAUGAUGUUCUUCAAAGAUCAUCCUGUUCUGCUGAAAAUGCCUGAAGGCAAGGAGGCUGUCAGAAAGUACAACCGUAUUGGGAAGACCCUCGUGCAGUACGAGCUGGCUUACUACGACGCCUGGAGGAAGCAGAGUAUGAGCGAAAUCCAGAAGUCUCUCCGGUGUACACUAGUUGUGAGACGACCUGACACGGAGGAGCUCUAUGUCAACUGGGACCCCAGGAUCUCUACCCUUCUUCACGAGGCCACCAAGAUCCAGCAACUGGGUUUUGAUGUGCCCUACAUGACUCAGCUCCUCCUUAACAGAGCACCUCUUCUCCUCAAGAAACGAGACAUGGUUAAGCACCUGUUGAAUGAGCAUGGGCGAGUGUUGGGGAAAGUGGGGAAGAACUUGGCACCGCUGCUGGUGCCCCAUGUUACCAGGCUGAAGGAAGCACUGGACCCGCUUCUCACCACGCUCACAUGGUCCUCUAUACAGGCCCACAGCUUCUUCGAACAAGGUUUCCAGGCUGUCAGAACCUUUGAGGUGCUCAUUGAUAGAGUGAAUGACAUCUUCCACCACCGGAUGGAAGGUGUGUUAGCGGCAAUGACCAAUGUAAGACUCUACGUAUUACCAGACACCGCCCCUUGGACACUCGAUCUCUUCAUUCACAACACCUGGCUCACCUGCUGUAAGGCUGCACAGGAGCUUAAUAGCAGGAGUCGUGUGGUGGAAGAUGCUGUGCUGGAGCUUAUUGAACUGGUGCUAGUAGGAGUGGAAGGUGGAACACCCGGGGCUGACAACACCAGCUUCCUCAUAGCUGAAGACUUAGAUGAUGGAGGAGACCUUGACGACUCUCGCUCAGUGUCAUCUGCUGGCGGAUCAUCUCGUCGCAGUCCAGUGCCUGUGGCAGAAGGACCAUUUGCCACCACCCUGGAGCUGCCCACUAAACCCCUCACACCUCAGGAAAAGGCAGCCAAGAAGAAGAGGGAGAUGCGAGAAAAGGUGGAGAUGGCUGCACGAGAUCUGCGACGUAUAUACCACCGUCGGGUGCUGGACGUCCUCAUUAAGUCUGUCAGAGGAGCACUCGACAGCAUCCGCAAGCAUACAUCUGUGACCGCCCCGCGUGCUCAAGGUGAAGUGAGUAGCAGGCGUGGUGGUGGCAACAUUAUUGGUGGCACUAGAAGCAGCGCAGUGGAGGAGACUCAGGGAGUGGCAUUGGUGGAGCUAAGUGCCUCACUAGUGUCCCCUGGUGUGCAAGUGACCCCCAGUCUGGAUGAGGUGCAGGAAGCCAUCAACAAAGUGUCAAAGAUUAUUCUCUCUACGGCUAGAGGUGUUUCCCAGUGGAUUAGAUGCCGCAAAGAGGACACAGGAGAACCUUUGAGAAAAUGUGAAGACCCGUCCGGCAACCGGAGAUCGUGGAAGGCACGGGAGGAGGUGCUGGAGGUACCAGCCAUGACCAAGAACUACUACACUCAUGUAUAUGAAAGCAAAGAUGUCUCCAAAGUCAUGAGUCAUAUGACAAACUCCUUCCAGUCAACCAAAAAUGAGCUGUACAACACUUUCAGCACUUGGGAAAAGUACCACCAUCUCUGGCGUGUGGACAAGGAGAUGGCAAUCAGAGAGUUCAUUAGCAGCUGCCCGUCACUCCAGGACUACGACAAGACCCUCAAGAGCUAUGUUGACCUGGAUAAGCAGAUCAAGGAUGAGCCCAGCCGCUACCGGGUGGGAGCGCUGGCAGUGAACACAGACAAUCUGAAGAAAGCCCUGACAGUGGAGGCGACGCUAUGGGUCAACAAGUAUGGGGAGGCCCUGAAGAGUACCUACAUGAAGGAGAUGGAGCGACUCUUCGCCCAAUUAACUGAACUCUCCCGCCGUCUAGAGCGACCUCUCAAGGACCUCGAUGACAUCAAGGGAGCAAUUGACAUUCUCCGUAAGACCCGUGACCUCGAACUAGAUAUGGACGAUGCGAUUGACCCAAUUGAGGAAUCCUUUGGGCUGCUGGUGAAAUACGAGCUGGGGCUGACACAAGAGGAAGCUGAGAGGGUGGACAACUUGCGUUUCACCUGGCAGAAAGUCUUGGCUCAGGCCGUCGAGGUGCAGAAUCUACUGUCUCGUGUGCAGCCCUACUUUAGGAAUGAGCUGAUCCACAAUGUGGCACAAUUCAAGAAGGACUGUAAUAAGUUCGUGCAUGACUACCGUGCCACUGGUCCCAUGGUUUCUGGUCUUCAUCCCCGCGAUGCCUCAGACAGGCUCAUCAUCUCCCAGAAUCGAUUCGACACUCUGUGGAGGAAGCAUUCUAGUUAUUCUGUGGGGGAGGAGCUCUUCCGUCUGCCACGCUCAGAGUUCCCAGAGCUGGGGCAGAUCCGCAAAGAGCUCAAUCUUUUGCAGAAGCUUUACAAGCUCUACAAUGAUGUCAUUGACCGUGUGACCUCCUACUAUGACAUCCCUUGGGGCGAGGUCAAUAUAGAGGAGAUCAAUAAUGAGCUCAUGGAGUUUCAGAACAGGUGUCGCAAACUGCCUAAAGGUCUGAAGGAGUGGCCAGCUUUCAACACAUUGAAGAAAACCAUCGACGACUUUAAUGACAUGUGUCCCCUGCUGGAGCUGAUGUCGAACAAGGCAAUGAAGCCUCGUCACUGGCAACGCAUUGCCGAAGUGAUCAACAGACCCCUGGAGGUGGACAGCGAAAAUUUCUGCCUCAGAAACAUUAUGGACACUCCUAUACUCCAGUUCAAGGAGGACAUUGAGGAUAUCUGCAUCUCUGCCGUGAAAGAGAAGGAUAUCGAGGCUAAACUGAGAAUUGUCACUAAUGAAUGGGCCAACCACGACCUGACCUUCUCCACCUUCAAGAACCGUGGGGAGCUUCUGUUGCGAGGAGACACCACUGCUGAAGUCAUCACCCAGUUGGAGGAUUCUCUUAUGGUUCUUGGUUCCCUCCUCUCCAACAGAUACAACGCACCCUUCCGGAAACAGAUCCAGAAAUGGGUAAGUGACUUGUCCAACACUAACGAAAUCCUCGAGCGCUGGUUGUUCGUGCAGAACCUGUGGGUCUACCUUGAGGCUGUCUUCGUCGGAGGAGAUAUUGCUAAACAACUACCAAAGGAGGCAAAGAGGUUUUAUGUGAUCGACAAGAACUGGCAGAAGAUCAUGGCUCGAGCACAUGAUAACCCGAAUGUAGUGACUUGUUGUGUGGGGGAUGACAUGCUCAAACAGCUCCUCCCUUACUUGCAGGACCAGCUCGAGGUCUGCCAAAAGAGCCUUUCCGGCUACUUGGAGAAGAAGAGGAUGAUGUUUCCUCGUUUCUUCUUUGUAUCUGACCCGGCACUGCUGGAGAUCCUUGGCCAGGCCUCCGACUCUCACACCAUACAGGCUCACCUUCUCUCCAUUUUCGAUAACACAAAAACCGUCCGCUUCCACGAGCAGGACUACGACCGUAUUACUGCCAUUUCUUCUUCCGAAGGCGAGAUCGUCAUGCUGGAGAAGCCGGUGAGAGCAGAAGGUAGUGUGGAGAUCUGGUUGAUGAAACUCUUGGUGAUGUGCCAGCAGUCAGUGCACGGCAUCAUCCGUCAAGCUCACCAUGUCAUCCAGGAUCCAGACCUAAAUGUCCUCCGCUUCCUGGAACAGUUUCCAGCUCAGGUUGGCAUCCUGGGCCUGCAGAUGAUCUGGACCAGGGACUCAGAGAUGGCUCUGACACAAGCCCGUGCUGACCGCCGGGUCAUGGCAGAUAUGAACAACAGGUUUUUGGACCUGCUGAACCUCUUGAUUAAUCAGACGACCAGAGACCUGGAGCCUGUGCAGAGGACCAAGUACGAGACCCUCAUCACCAUCCACAUCCACCAGAGGGACAUAUUUGAUAGUUUGUGCCGCAACAACGUGAGGUCGGUGUCCGACUUUGACUGGCUACGCCAGAUUCGCAUUUACUUCCGCGAGGACCUUGACCGCACCAAUAUCGUGCUCACCGACGUCACCUUCCAGUACCAGAAUGAGUUCGUCGGCUGCACUGAGCGGCUUGUCAUCACUCCUCUCACAGACAGGUGCUAUAUCACACUGGCACAAGCUCUGAGCAUGAGUAUGGGCGGGUGUCCCACUGGCCCUGCCGGCACGGGUAAGACAGAGACCACUAAAGACAUGGGCAAGACACUUGGCAAGUACGUUGUCGUCUUCAAUUGCUCUGAUCAGAUGGACUACCGAGGCCUUGGUAGGAUAUACAAGGGUCUGGCACAGUCAGGGUCUUGGGGCUGUUUUGACGAGUUCAACCGCAUCGAGCUGCCUGUGUUGUCCGUGGCAGCUCAGCAAAUUGCCGUCGUCCACACCUGCAAGAAGGAAAGACGCAAGACCUUCCAGUUUACUGACGGAGACGUUAUACCCAUGAACCCUGAGUUUGGUAUCUUCCUUACCAUGAACCUGGGAUACCAUGGACGCCAAGUGUUGCCAGAAAACCUGAAGAUCCAGUUCCGGAAUGUGGCCAUGAUGGUUCCAGAUCGUCAAAUCAUCAUCAGAGUAAAGCUCGCCUCAUGUGGCUUUCUGGAAAACAUUACACUGGCUCGAAAAUUCUUCACACUCUACAAACUUUGUGAAGAACAACUCACUAAACAGGUCCACUAUGACUUUGGCCUUCGCAACAUCCUGUCAGUACUGAGGACACUGGGAGCCUCCAAAAGAGCCAAUGCCAAGGAUUCUGAGGCCACCAUUGUGAUGCGGGUGCUGAGGGACAUGAAUCUCUCCAAGCUGGUCGACGAGGACGAGCCGUUGUUUAUGUCCCUGAUUGAUGACCUCUUCCCCAACAUGGCCCAAGAGAGGGGCUACCACAACCAGCUCACCACCUGCAUUGCCGAAAUUGUAGCUGAGUUAGGGCUUGUCAACCACCCUCCCUGGACACUCAAGCUUACUCAGCUAUACGAGACCCAGCGUGUGAGACACGGUAUGAUGACCCUGGGUCCCAGCGGUGCCGGCAAGACCUCCUGCAUCCAUGUACUCAUGAGAGCUCUCACCAAGAUGGGUCAGCCUCACAGGGAACUGAGAAUGAACCCCAAGGCCAUCACCUCAGCGCAGAUGUUCGGCCGCCUUGAUGUUGCCACUAACGACUGGACAGAUGGGAUUUUUUCUACUCUGUGGAGGAAGACACUCAAGGCUAAGAAAGGGGAGCACAUCUGGCUAGUAUUGGACGGGCCCGUUGAUGCCAUAUGGAUUGAAAAUCUCAACUCAGUCCUCGAUGACAAUAGGACUUUGACUCUUGCCAAUGGAGACAGGAUACCCAUGGCCCCUGCUUGCAAAGUCAUCUUCGAGCCAGCAAACAUCGAUAAUGCCUCCCCAGCUACCGUAUCUAGGAAUGGCAUGGUUUAUAUGAGCUCUUCUGGGUUAGACUGGCAGCCGCUGUUCCAGGCGUGGGUAAAGACCCGACCGCACCACGAGCAAGGAAUUCUCAAUGAGCUUUUCACCACCUGUUUCUUCGACCUGUUCACCUGGACCAAGCAGAACCUUCAAUUAUGCAUUCCUAUCCUACAAGUUAAUAUCAUUACACAGGCCACCAAGGUAAUGGAAGGUCUCCUGCCCAAGGAACAAGUCCAGCAACACCAUCACAACAGGCGAGAACCCGACCCUGAUGCUGAUGAAGUCCAAGAGACGCAGCAGGCGCCCAUCCAGGAGCACAUCCACCGCUUGUUCGUGUUCUCCAUGAUGUGGAGUGUAGGGGCGCUGCUGGAGCUGCCAGACCGAGCCAAGCUGGAAGAACAUGUAAGAAGCAAAUACUCACACCUGGACCUUCCUCCCCGCGGACACGGCAGUGUUGACUCAUUGUUUGACUACCGUGUUGAUGAAAAUGGAUGGUGGCAGCACUGGGAGACCCGAGUGACGGAGUUUGUGUACCCUGAUACAGGUAGCCCAGACUAUACCUCCUUCCUGGUGCCCAAUGUUGACAAUGUGAGGAUGGACUUCCUUAUCCACAUUAUAGCGCAGCAAGGAAAGGCGGUGUUACUCAUCGGUGAGCCGGGGUCUGCUAAGACAGUCACCAUCAACGCUUUCAUGAAGAAAUACAACCCCGAGGAUCAUCUGUGUCGUAACUUCAACUUCUCAUCAGCUUCAACACCUCUCUACUUCCAGAGAACCAUGGAAAGCUAUGUAGACAAGCGGAUGGGCAGCACCUUUGGUCCUCCUGCAGGAAAAAAAAUGACAGUGUUCGUGGAUGACCUCAACAUGCCACACAUCAAUGACUGGGGCGACCAGCCCACGAACGAAAUAGUACGUCAAGCGAUGGAGAUGGGUGGGUUCUACAGUCUGGAGAAGCCUGGGGACUUCACUUACAUUGUAGACCUGCAAUAUUUGGCAGCCAUGGGUCACCCAGGUGGAGGACGCAACGAUAUUCCCUCUCGCUUGAAACGCCACUUCUGUAUCUUCAAUUCAACAAUUCCUUCUGAGGGAUCCAUCAAUAAGAUCUUCGGGGUGAUAGCUCGUGGCCACUUCAGUAGUAAGCGUGGCUUCAACCAGGAAGUACGGGACAUGGUUGAAAAGUUGGUACCCUUGACGAGGAAGCUGUGGGCCCAUACCAAGAACAAACUUCUCCCUACACCAGCCAAGUUCCAUUACGUAUUCAAUUUGCGGGAUCUUUCACGCAUCUGGCAAGGAAUGCUGGGCGCUGCUGCCAACGUAGUCACCUCCUCUGAAACCCUUCUAUCCCUCUGGCGUCAUGAGUGCUGCAGGGUCAUAUCUGACAGGUUCACGUCGGUGAAAGAUGUACGCUGGUUCGAGGAUGCUCUAGUGACUCUAGCACAGCAAGAGCUCGGGCCAAAGUUUACAAAGAACAUUACUACCACACACUUCUUCGUCGACUUCCUCAGGGAUGCUCCAGAACCAACUGGGGAUGAAGGAGAGGACCUGGAUAUGGAAAUGCCAAAAGUGUACGAACCCAUACCUUCCUUCAGCACGCUCGAGGACCGUCUUCAGAUGUUUCUUUCUCAGUACAACGAGAUGGUUCGCGGCGCUGGUAUGGAUCUCGUCUUCUUCACAGAUGCUAUGAUUCACCUCAUCAGAAUCUCCCGCAUCAUACGCAACCCAGGAGGAAAUGCCUUGUUGGUUGGUGUUGGCGGCUCUGGCAAGCAGUCGCUCACCAAGUUGGCCUCAUUCAUCGCUGGCUACAAGACCUUCCAGAUUGCCCUCACACGAUCUUACAAUACAGCCAACUUAUUAGAAGACCUGAAGGUACUGUAUCGGACGUGCGGGAUCCAAGGCAAGGGAACCACCUUCAUCUUCACUGACCAGGAAGUCAAGGAGGAAGCCUUCCUAGAAUACCUCAAUAACGUUCUGUCCUCAGGCAUGGUGAGCAACCUGUUCAACAGAGAUGAACAAAGUGAGAUUGUGAGUGAGUUGAUUCCAGUCAUGAAGAGAGAACAUCCACGACGGCCUCCCACUCCAGAGAACGUCAUGGACUUUUUCCUUACACGCACAAGACAGAACCUUCACGUUGUUCUUUGCUUUUCACCGGUCGGGGAAAAGUUCAGGAGUCGCGCAAUGAGGUUUCCUGGGCUGAUCAGUGGUUGUACCAUUGACUGGUUCCAGCCAUGGCCCAAGGAAGCGCUGGUGGCAGUAGCACAGCACUACCUUAAGAGAUACGAGAUCAUCAGCACCACAGAGGUGAAGAACAGCUUAGUGAAGGGCAUGGGUACCAUCCAUGAUCAUGUAGCACAGCUCUGUACAGACUACUUCCAGAGGUACCGUCGUGCAGCUCACGUCACCCCAAAGUCGUUCUUGUCGUUCAUCAGUAUUUAUAAGAAGAUUUACAGAGAAAAGAGAGAUGAGAUCGGAGAGUCUGCAACCAGGAUGACCUCAGGGUUGGACAAGUUGCAGGAGGCAUCGCUGGCAGUGGAAAGACUAAGGGAAGAACUCUCCGUCAUGGAAGAGGAGUUGGCCAUCGCGUCAGAGAAAGCACAAAAGAUCUUGGAAGAAGUGACUCGUCGAGCCGAGGAAGCAGAGACGAUCAAGGAGGAGGUAGAGAAGGUACGAGACAAAGCUCAAGCACUUGUUAACGACAUUGCCAAGGACAAAUCCUUGGCAGAGGAGAAGCUAGAGGCAGCUCGUCCUGCCCUGGAGGAGGCAGAAGCUGCUCUCAACACCAUUAAACCUGCACAUAUUGCCACGAUACGGAAGCUGGGUCGGCCACCACACCUCAUCAUGAGAAUAAUGGAUUCUGUACUUAUACUGUUCCAACGGCACCUGCAGCCCGUCAAGCCAGAUUCUAUUGCCCCCUGCCCCAAGCCUUCUUGGCCUGAAAGCCUUAAGAUGAUGGCGAGCACAACAUUCCUGCUAUCGCUGCAGAACUUUCCCAAGGAUACCAUUAAUGAUGAGGUGGUGGAGUUGCUGGAGCCCUACUUUGACAUGGAGGACUAUGACAUGGACACAGCUAAGCGGGUGUGUGGUGACGUGGCCGGUCUUCUCUCCUGGACUCGAGCAAUGGCAGUUUUCUUCGGUGUCAACAAAGAGGUCCUGCCCCUAAAGUCAAACCUGGCACUGCAAGAAGCACGCUUGCGUCUGGCAAUGGGUGACCUGGAGAGAGCUCAGGCAGAGCUGGAUGACAAGCAGCGAGAGUUGGAUGUUGUAAGGGGUCAAUACCAGACUGCACUUGCAGAGAAACAAAAACUCAUUGAUGCAGCAAAUGUUUGUCGUCGGAAGAUGCAGGCUGCGGCCACCCUCAUCAAUGGUUUGGCUGGAGAGAAGGUACGCUGGACCAAGCAAAGCAAGGCACUUAAACAGCAACUUGGAAGGUUGGUUGGGGAUGUGCUGUUAACGACAGCGUUCCUCUCAUAUGCAGGGCCUUUCAAUCAAGAAUACCGCACAAAGAUGACCAAGGCCUGGCGCUCGCUCUUCAACUCCCGUCACAUUCCCUACACCGUAGACCUGGAUGUCACCACUUGGCUUAUUGACAAUGCUACUGUGACGGAGUGGAAUCUCCAAGGGCUCCCGAACGACGAGCUUAGCAUCCAGAACGGCCUCAUCGUUAGCAAAGCCUCCUGCUAUCCGCUUCUCAUUGAUCCUCAAGGACAGGGAAAAAUUUGGAUAAAAAACAGAGAGGCUAUGAAUGAACUGCAGAUUUCCUCACUGAACCACAAGUAUUUCCGCACCCAUCUCGAGGAUUCACUCUCUCUGGGUCGACCGUUGCUCAUCGAAGAUGUAGAGGAGGAGCUCGACCCCGUCCUCGAUAACUUGCUGGAAAGAAAUUUCAUAAAGUCUGGGUCCAUUCUCAAGGUUGUGGUAGGUGAUAAGGAAUGUGAUGUGAUGCCAGGUUUCAUGCUGUACAUCACCACCAAGCUCUCCAACCCGGCCUAUGCUCCAGAGGUCUCCGCUAAGACAGCCAUCAUCGACUUCACUGUCACUGUCCAUGGUCUUGAAGAUCAGCUCUUAGGUCGGGUGAUCAGAACGGAGAAGAGCGAACUAGAAAAUGAACGAGUGGCCCUGAUAGAGGAGGUGAUGGAGAAUAAGAGGAGGAUGAAGGAGCUAGAAGACAACCUUCUCUACCGCCUCACUUCAGUACAGGGUUCUCUGGUUGAUGAUGAGGACUUGAUCAUAGUGCUGCAGGACACUAAGUCAACGGCGCAAGAAGUGAGCACUAAGCUGCAUGUUGCAUCCGAAACAGAACGAAAGAUCAACAGCGCUCGUGAGGAAUACCGUCCGGUGGCCACUCGUGGCUCAAUACUUUACUUCCUGAUUACUGACAUGGCUGCAGUGUCGUAUAUGUACCAGACCUCCCUCAGGCAGUUCCUUAUUCUCUUCGACAUGUCUAUGACCAGAUCUGAUCGCAGUAACUCACCCAAGACAAGGAUUGCCAAUAUCAUCAGGUUCCUCACACACCAGGUGUGGAAGAACACUUGUCGUGGCUUCUAUGAACGACACAAGUUCCUCUUCACCCUUCUCCUGGCCAUGAAGAUCGACCUCCAGUGCGGCCACGUCUCUCAUGAUGAGUUCAUGAAGUUUAUUAAGGGUGGAGCUUCACUUGACCUGAAGACUGUACAGCCUAAGCCCUUCCGCUGGAUUUUGGACAUAACUUGGCUCAACUUGGUUGAGCUCAGCAAACUGGGGCAGUUCAGCAACAUCCUCGACCAGAUCGUUGAGAACGAGAAGGACUGGAAGCUCUGGUUCGAGAAAGAUAAACCAGAAGAGGAGGAGCUGCCUAGUGGAUAUUCUCGCUCGCUUGACAUGUUCCGACAGCUGCUGCUAGUGCGCUCCUGGUGUCCAGACCGAACACUCUCACAGGCACGGCGGUACAUUACAAGUUCUCUUGGGGAGCAAUACUCAGAUAGUGUUAUCCUGGACUUAGAGGCCACCUGGGAGGAGUCUGACAACCGCACCCCGCUCGUCUGUUUCCUCUCCCAGGGUUCAGAUCCCUCUGGCCAGAUCGAGACGCUUGCCAAGGCCAAGGAAAUAGAAAUCAAAUUCAUAUCCAUGGGUCAGGGGCAAGAGGCCCACGCUCGACGUCUUCUGGCCGAGGCCAUGGCGGCAGGUCGAUGGCUCCUCCUGCAGAACUGUCAUCUUAGCCUGGAGUUCUGCCAGGAGAUGCUCGAUACCAUCACAGAGUCAUGUAACAUCCAUAAAUGCUUCCGCCUCUGGAUCACCACCGAAGUCCACACUUCCUUCCCAAUUGGUCUUCUCCAGAUAUCCAUCAAGUUCACCAAUGAACCUCCUCAGGGUAUUAGAGCAAGCCUUAAGAGGACCUAUGCAGACGUCUCUCAGGACCUGUUAGACUAUACCAACGCCCACCAGUGGCCCAGACUACUCUACGCCACUGCCUUCCUUCACACUGUUGUGCAGGAACGCAGGAAAUACGGAGCGCUGGGCUGGAAUGUUCCCUACGAGUUCAACCAAGCUGAUUUCCAGGCCUCCGUCCAGUUUAUCCAAAAUCACCUCGAUGAUAUGGACCCCAAAAAGGGCGUGUCAUGGGUGACCAUCUGCUACAUGCUGGGUGAGAUCCAAUACGGAGGGAGAGUGACGGAAGACUUUGACAAGAGGCUUCUGUUGACCUUCCUUCACGUCUGGCUCAAUGAAAGACUUCUUACCUCUGACUUCAGGUUCUACAGAGGCUACGGGUUACCAAUGUGCAAGAGCCAAGCUGAGUAUCUUGAGUUUGUCAACCUACUACCGGCAACAGACUCACCAGAGGUGUUUGGUCUUCACCCCAACGCUGACAUCACGUAUCAAAUUAACACAGCCAAGAGCAUUCUGGACACCAUCUUGAGCAUGCAACCUAAAGAAAGUGGACAGAGAGGCGGAGAGACGAGGGAGGCUGUGGUCUCCCGUCUGGCUUACGAUAUGCUCAACAAGCUGCCACCAGACUACAUACAAUAUGAGAUACGAGAGGCCUUGCAGAGGAUGGGUGCCAUCUUGCCUAUGAACAUCUUCCUCAGACAAGAACUUGAUCGCAUGCUUAAGGAGGUAACGAGACAACACAAGGGAUGGUCACUUGACUGUGUGAUCCUGCAGAACCUGGUGACUCGCUUCAACCGUGAAGACAUACAUGACCCACCACCAGAAGGGGUAUAUGUUUACGGCCUCUUUCUUGAGGGUGCUUCCUGGGACCGCAAACAGGGAAGGCUUAUGGAAUCCCGCCCUAAGGUCCUCUACGAACCAAUGCCUGUGAUCUACUUAUACGCUGUCAACACCACCAGUGGCAAGGACCCCACCCUGUACGAGUGUCCCAUGUAUAGGAAGCCCAAGCGAACUGACGCUACCUACAUCGGCUCUAUCGACCUGGAAACUACUGACUAUCUCCCUUCCCACUGGACACUGCGAGGAGUAGCUCUACUAUGUGACAUAAAAUAAAGGAACCAAGUCUCAGUAUAAUGCAAAUGUAAUACAAUAUAGUGCUAUACAAUAAAAUACACAUGCCUGACAUGUUACCUGUACCCUCGUAUAUUCCUUUCUCAUGCCCUUGCUUCAGUAAGGCAAUGUAUAAUGCAGCAUGAUAGAGUAGAGCACAAAUUGUAUUCUUAUGUGUGUAGUCUGGCAUCAAGCACACACAUUAGCGUGGAUAGAACGAACAUUAUGGUCAAUAUAUACUCUGAUAAACUGUUAGUGAAAAUAUAUUUUUUUCU